AUGACAGAAACUGGGCCCAAUCACGAUGUCAACGCGCAUGCGUCCGUGCAGCUCAAGACGCUCGCCGCCCUAUCUCUCGGCGGUUUUCCACCCGUCGAGAUUACUUUUCUGGAGUCAGUUCUGCAGGCGGCUUCUUCCGUUACUCGGCUCCGUAUCAACCUAAUCUCGCUCUCCGCAUUGCCGUUCAAACUUCUGACCCACCUGGACGCUUCCAAGCCCGAGAUCUUGCCCUAUCUUCAGACGUUAUCGAUAUCGCAUGGGUUCUUCAGUAUGUCUCCCGAGCUCUUGGAUGUGGUCGUCGGCGACAUCAAGCCCAUGCUUCAUUCGCGUACCUCACAACUGCUGCCUCUGUCGCAACAACUUCGGGAAUUUGCGAUCUGCCUCAGCCUAUUCGACCAAGACUUGACGACCACAACGCGACUAUUCGAGGUGUUAGAACCUUGUUCAAAGCAGGGGUUGAAGGUGCAUCCCCAUGUUGGUGCUGGUUUUACGCGCGACGCUUCUAUCGACAAUUGGCGGGGUGGGAUCGAGUACAGGGCCUCGAGGAGGGCUUUCGCUAAAGCGCAGGGAGUAGGACCUCCUCUUAGGGAAGCUCCUCCGAUAGGACGAUGGUCGUGGUCAUGUGAACUGUAUUGA